GGCAACAUUUUUCUACUAAAUUCCGACAACGCCAAACCAACCGCUAUUGUUGGUAAGAAUCCAAAUCCAUUUCCCAUUCCCCUCCUCCUCCUCCUCUCGAUCCCGUAACCCUCUCUCUCUCUCUCUCUCUCUCUCUCUCUACGUUGCCGACGCCGUUGGAGGAGCAGGAGGAGGAGACGCGAGGAGGAGGAGGAGGAGGAGGAGGAGGUGGAGGUGAUUCGAGGUGGUUUGGUUAGCAAUGGGAUCGCGGCGGCAGGGGGGAUCGGCAACGGCUCGGCGGAACGUGGCGGCGAUGGAGAGGAGAUCUCGGUGACGUCUAGGGUUGGGGGGUAAUUUGCGUUUUGUUUUAGGGUUUCGUUUGGUCGGAGGGGGAGGAGGAAGAGGAGGAAGAAGAUGAGUUGGAAGUAUAAGGCGGGGUUGCUCCUCAUUGGGGCCGUUGUUGUGAUUUGGGUCACCUCCGCCGAAGUUACCCAGGGUAUAUUCACCGACUACAAACAACCAUUUGCUGUAACAUAUUUGGGAGCCUCUCUUAUGGUCAUUUAUCUACCGUUAGCAUUUCUAAAGGAUUGGCUAUGCAGUAUUUGGAGAAGGCGUGGUAGAAGUGGUGGGACUUCGAAAAUGAUGAAUAAAUCUUCUUCAGGGUUUGACUCUCCUUUGAAACGUAGUGAAAUGCAAAAGAUGUUGGAAUUGGAAACUCAGAGCCCUUUAACUAAAAAAGACAGUGAUAUAAACCUUUCUGCAUGUAAUGAAGAAUAUCCAUUCAUCAUUGAACUUAGAGAUGAAGUUAAUGCCGAGCUUCUGAAGGAAAAUGUGGCACUUUCAACUAGGCAAAUUGCAACAUAUGCACUUUAUCUUGCCCCCAUAUGGUUUGUCACAGAGUAUUUAUCAAAUGCAGCACUUGCAAGAACCAGUGUUGCAAGCACUACUGUACUAUCUUCUACUUCCGGGCUCUUUACUCUUUUCAUCAGCAUACUUUUGGGACAAGAUACCUUAAAUGCAGCAAAAGUUGUUGCUGUCUUCAUCAGCAUGGCUGGGGUUGUAAUGACAACUAUGGGCAAGACUUGGGCAUCAGAUGAGUCGGAAUUGAGCUCUUCUGGGAAUGGGAAGAGGUCUCUUACUGGUGAUCUGUUUGGUCUUCUUUCUGCUAUGACAUAUGGUCUUUUUACUGUGCUUCUCAAAAAGUUCUCUGGAGAGGAGGGAGAAAGAGUUGAUAUUCAAAAGCUGUUUGGAUAUGUUGGACUCUUCACUCUUGUAGCUCUCUGGUGGCUUGUGUGGCCCUUGACCGCAUUAGGGAUUGAACCCAAGUUCACAAUACCCCAUUCUGCUAAAUUGGACGAGGUAGUGCUAGCUAAUGGCUUUUUUGGCAGCGUACUCUCUGACUACUUCUGGGCUCUCUGUGUUGUUUGGACUACUCCAUUGGUAGCCACCUUAGGCAUGUCCCUCACUAUACCCCUUGCAAUGGUUGCUGACAUGGUCAUUCAUGGUCGGCAUUAUUCUGCAAUCUAUGUUCUAGGUUCAGCUCAGGUAUUUGCUGGGUUUGUGAUAGCUAACCUUUCCGAUCGGGUUUCUCGAUUUUUGGGAUGGUAGCAGAAUGAUGUAUGUAUUCUUAUGUAUUCAUUCUUUAUACACAAACAACAUUAAUUCACCUCCCUUCGCAAAUUGAAAGGAAGUCAUUUUCUUCACAGAUGGAUCCCCCGGAAAAGAUAUAGUUGCUUAGGCUAUCAUUCCCUCUCUCUCUCUCUUUUUUUAAUAAUUUUUUUUGGUAUUUUUUAACUGGUUGGAUAGUGUUAUCGGAGCAGAAGCAUUGGUAUGUUUUCGUUUGUGCGGAGUGAAGUCCAAAAGCAAUAAAGUAAUUCUUUUUGUUCAAAUUCUUUUAGAUGUAGGUUGUUUUGUUGUUGUAAAUGUUUGUAAAAUAUUUUAUAGUGUUUGUUCAAAAUUUAUUUAUUUUUCUUGAUUACUUGAAAUUUUAUUGGAUA